CCAAAAAACACAGAACGUAAUCGGGACCCGACCCGAUACGAAUCAGGUGGAGUAGCUUCUUUCUCUUUGUAGCUGCUUUAAAAGGCGAAGCAGUAUUACUCAAAAAACCCUAGUUCUUUCUACCACUAGCAUAACCCUCGUCAGGAAAAUGGCUCCGAAGGCACCGAGUACGGGUCUUUUCGUUGGAAUGAACAAGGGUCAUAUCGUCACCAAGAAGGAGCUGCCUCCCCGCCCCAGAGAUCGCAAAGGGAAAACAAGCAAGAGGGUGCACUUUGUGAGGAAUCUCAUUCGUGAGGUUGCUGGUUUUGCGCCGUAUGAAAAGCGUAUAACUGAGUUGCUGAAGGUUGGAAAGGAUAAGAGGGCAUUGAAGGUUGCCAAGAGGAAGCUCGGUACCCAUAAACGCGCCAAGAAGAAGAGAGAGGAGAUGUCCAAUGUCCUCAGAAAGAUGAGGGCUGGUGGAGGCGGUGACAAGAAGAAGUAAGUGUUUACUUUGGUUCAUUCUAGUGUUCUGGGGGAUCAGUGUUUUUGAAGGACAAGCUAUCUUAGUUUUGUUUGGUUCAAUUUAUCAGUGUAAUCUUUUACUUUUAGAUAUGUUAUAUUUUGAAUAUGUGAUUUUUGGAAAAUACCAUUGGAUUAUUUUCAGUCUUAACAUGAGAUUAAAACCUUUUCAACCCAAUGUUGUCUCAUUUGAACAGGUUCCUAGUAAAAUUGAUCCCACCUACCAUAUCUAAUCACGAGUAUAUGUAUAUUUUUAUAGCAGGCAAACGUAACACUUUAGUCUCCAAGUUAAUGUAGUUGGUUGAUCCU